GCAGAGAACGCUGCCUCCAGGCAUAGCAGCUGUUAGGGGGUGGCCUGGCCAAAAUUACAUGCAGCCAGGAAGGGGCUUGAGACAACUCGAACUCUGGAAGCGGCAGCCUCAUGAUCUCUUGCCUUCCACACUUGGGGCACAGCAGCUGGGUAGUGAACACUGUCACCCUUUGCAGGAGCCUCCCAGAGCACCGACAGAAGACAGCCAGGAUGUUCUCCAUAUUCAACAUCUGGGGCACGUUCAACAGAGUGCUCUUCUUCCUUAGCCUCACAGUCAGCCUCGCAGGGCUGGUGGGCAACGCUCUGUUGCUCUGGCACCUCGGUCUGCACAUCAAGAAGGGCCCCUUCAACACCUACCUGCUGCACCUGGCUGCUGCCGAUUUCCUCUUCCUCUCCUGCCAAGUUGGCUUCUCUAUUGCCAAGAUGGUGUCCGGCUAUGAGGACACACUCUACUUCUCCAUCACCUUCCUGUGGUUUGCCGUGGGGCUCUGGCUGCUGGCUGCCUUCAGUGUGGACUGCUGCCUCACCUACAUGCUCCCCUCCUUUUGCAGCUCCAACUGCCGCCCCAGAUACACUUCAGUUGUCCUCUGCCUCGUGAUCUGGGCCCUGACCAUGCCAGCUGUGCUGCUGCCAGCCAACGCCUGUGGCCUGCUGUACAACGGAAUGAGUCUGCUGGCCUGCCUCAAGUACCACUGGGUCAGCGUCGUCUGGCUAGCGGUGCUGUCUGGCAUGGCAUGUGGGGCAAGUACGUUUCUCUUAAUCUUUGGGAACUGCUGCUCUUCACAGCCACCCACCAAGUUCUGCAAAUUGGCGCAGUGCUCCGGGAUCCUUCUGUUCUUCUGUCGCCUGCCCCUGGUUGUCUACUGGUGCCUGCGGCCAGUCAUUAAAUUCCUGCUCCCCUUCUUCUUCCCACUGGCCACCCUCCUGGCCUGCAUUGACAGCAGUGCAAAGCCCCUCUUGUACUACCUGAAGGGCAGGCAGCUCAGGAAGGACCCGCUGCAGGUAGCCCUAAACAGGGCUCUCGGGGAAGAGCCCCAGUCAAGUCUUGGGGGCCUAUCCCUGCCCAUGAGCCGAGUGUAG